UGACGGGCACAACUGUCUCUGGUAUCGGCCACAAGAUCAAAACGGUGAACAACUCCGAUCUCCGUGUCGAGCUCGUCAAGGAAUGCAUGAGGAAGAACUUUUCAAGCCGCUUACUUCUUGACUGCGCGCUUGCCUUUGAGAAGUAACCACAAGCAAGAACGAUACCCUCAUCCUCAACAUCGACAGCUGUAUCGCUGUCUGCUUCCCCCUGCGCGAUAGCAAUGUCUUCACCCCCAAGUAGCCAACGAAUACACCAAGGUUGGGACCCUCAACGGUCUCUUCGUCCUCGGUCGCAGCAUCGGUUCAUCGGACACCACCUUGACCAAAAGAGGCUCCAUGCGCCGCUUUACAGACACCCUGCUGAUGAUAUCUUUAUUGACAACAUUGCAGAUUUGAGUCAGCCGAGAUCAACUAAUCAAGUUCAAAGUAUUCUACAUCGCGCUUCUAAGACACAAAUCAAACUAUGGGCUUUUGCUUCUACCGGUGUUCCGUCAAGGACUCGGAUGCAGUCAAGCAUCUGGCCUCACCCACCGAGAUGUACUAGUAGCAUCGCCAGUCUCCUCUUUUCCCUCGUUCUCUACCAUGGCAUUGAAAGGUCUACUAUCAUUGUCCUGAACUGACAUUCCGAGUCAAACUCCAAGAUACUGGUUUGGUAGGUGAGUUCGGUUUCAGGUCGUUUUUGUUGUCCGCCACUCUCACAGCCUUC